AUGGCGUCUGUUGUGGGAGAACCACCAGCCAAACGAAAGCGGGUUGACGAUGUUGCUGAUGGAAAAAAUGGUGGUAUGGAAGAUGAUGCCACCGCCAAGCGAAAAUUGGCAGAGGCAGGAUUUGACCCAAAUGAUUGCAUCACAGCCAUUGAUCCACCCAGAUCCAAGUGGCCAAAAGUUGGCAGCUGGAAGUCCAUUACCCCCAUGACAUACUUCUGUUUCUAUGGUGACCUUCCCAUGUGCCGGUAUAUUCUCAGUCAGGGUGGAUCAACCACAAAAGCCGGCGGGGAGUUUUCAAUGUACGCAGCAAUCUACAAAGGAAACAUGGAGGUUGUGCAGUGGUUGUUUCAAAACGGAGCCAAGGAAGACACUCUAUCCAUCACUGUAAAUGGCCUCAGUCCCUGGUAUCUCUGUUGGCGGGGACACCAUAAGGAGCUACUUUUCUUGGUGAAUGGAGUAUUUGAAUUGGAUACAAUCACAGUGGCCAACCAACUACGUAAAAGAAACGGAACAUGGGAGGAUCAUCGCCCAAAUGUUUUGUCUUGGUCACAGGAUGUGCUGAAAAUGCAUGGCUGCUUUGACACAUUCCUCAUGGGAACUUUUAUUGGCCCAGAGUUUUCCACUCAAGCCCUAUACACGAAGCUGGAGGCAAAGCUUGGCUCCACGAAGGCUGCAAAUAUUGUCAUAGAUGGCCUUGGCAAGGAGAAAUGCACGUCUUUGUGGACAGAGCUGAUGGAACCUUACAAGAAAUCCCCGGUUCGGUGUUUCCAUGAAAAUAUUGGGGUGCUGAAUUGCAUUGCAGAAUUUGUGCAUGGGUUCAGCGCCAAAGAGAUUGAAAAGAUUCACCAACUGACCAAGUUGUUACAUCAGAGUUUGAAGGAGCAUCUACAUAGAAGACAUCGAGGCUGA